GUGUGUGUGUGUGUAUAUGUGGUGCACCGUUGUUGGACACAACGAUAUAAAAUGUGUACAGACAAAUAUCAUAAUAAACAACAUCUUGAAGUUAUCAAUACAUACACACACACACACAUACAUACACAUAUAUACAUACAUAAAUACACACAUAUAUAUAUACACAUAGAGAGGCGAACAGACAUACAAACAUUGAUGUCAAAGGUAGUGCACUGCUAUGAUAAUGUACACCAUGGACUACCGAAUGGGCAAGGAAAUGUGUACUCAUUCAUAUACACACAGACACACACACACACACACACACAUAUAGACAUACUAAUCGAUUGGUACCCUUAUGAUAGAUGAGAGGAAGAGGAGGUGGUCUUAUGAUGGUAGCUGAG